CACCGUGACCACAAAACCGCCAGGAUUAUUGUUAAUGCACGUGAUAAGACAACAUCAUAUAAAUCACCAUGUACAUUAUCUGGUCCAAACGUUUUAAGUGACACUGAAACCGAACAAUUUGAUCACUCAACUACUCAUGAUAAUUCUCUGGAAUUAAAAAAUCUAUUUCCUAAAUUGAAAAUUGGUUUAGAGGAAGUAAAACCAAACGUGAUCAUUACAGAAAAUUCCGAUCUCCAUAUAAUGCAAAAUAGUUGUAAAGGCUCGAUUAAACUUAACUCAGAUAUUGUAACAUCUUGUAAUGAAUUGGUUAAUUCGAAUGAUAAUUUGAAUGCUCACCGAGUGAAUCAGGAUACCAUGAUACUUGACUGUGAUCUUGAUUUAAACGAUGUUGGUGUAAAUUCAAAAGACAUUUGUGAUCAUAAUUACGAGGAUAAUACGGUAUUACCGAAUCCGGUAGUUAAUCCGAUUGGCAAUAUUGCUAAUAAAACAGGACUGGAUUAUGCAUCGAUCGAUUCAAAUAUAAAGUUAUAUGCUCAGUCAGUGAGCCAAGAUUUGCAAACUGAAUGUAAUUCUAGUAAAUUUCUUGAUAAUUCACACGAGACUUCACAAGAAAAUGAGGUUUGCAUUUGUUUAAAAAUAUAG